UAGGGGGAGUCACAGCUUCAUUUCAGCACCAAGGACAGAGAAGAGAAGGGGAGAGAGCGCUCACUGCUGACAGACACCUACCUGCCCAUUGCUCUUUACCUUGGGCUCUGAAUGAGGCAUAUGCCCAUUCCUACAUUCCCUGGCACUGCCAUAUAGCCAAUCUGGGACAGGAAUUCAGGGAGGGGUUUUUCCCCUGAUUUUGACACCAAGGACAGACAUAUGCUCCUGGUAAAGGUGCUCUUCAACCACUUGUCCUUUCCUACUCUCUUGCCACCGCCAUUGACCCAGUUAUCCUUUUGUAAAGAAGGACAGUCUGUCCCAAGCCAAUUACUGCCUAUUCUGGCACAUCUAGGGGCACUGUUGGAAUAGAGAAGCCUCGGUGCAUUUGCAUUUAUUCUGUUGCUAGCAAGUGUGUGGCUCACUGCUAGUUUAGGGACCCUGCCAGACACCUUGCCAUUCUAUUCCUAUGCUGGCACGACUGGAGGCUGCGGGUACUUCAUACAUAUGCUGUGCCAGCCAUCUGCCCAUUCUUCUGUAUGCUAGCUCUGUAACGGGCAGAGAUUAAAAGCCAUUUGGGGCAGAAAUUUCCUGCCCCACACUACGUGGUUGACCCACUUGCUCGUGCCCUGAGGCUUCUUUUUCCUUUACUGGUUUUGCCUCUCAGCUUCCUCCUGUUUGGAGCUGAGAGCACCCACCAGGCAGGACAUUGGCUCCGCUUGGCACAGCGCAAUCCAUGGGCACUAUGCGCCUUUUCCUUUUGGCUGUGCUCUUCUUGUUCUCCUUUGCUCGGGCUGGAUGUGACCCCAAAAUUGUGAACAUCGGGGCAGUGCUGAGCACCAAGAAGCAUGAGCAGAUCUUUCGGGAAGCUGUAAAACAGGCAAAUAAACGCCAUGGCACCUCGAAGAUCGAACUCAAUGCCACCUCUGUCACCCACCGACCCAAUGCCAUCCAGAUGGCUCUCUCCGUGUGUGAGGACCUCAUCUCCAGCCAGGUCUACGCCAUAUUGGUUAGUCACCCUCCUGCACCCACGGAUCACCUGACGCCAACACCUAUAUCCUACACAGCAGGUUUUUAUCGGAUCCCAGUCAUUGGGCUGACCACUCGCAUGUCUAUAUAUUCCGAUAAGAGCAUCCACCUCUCGUUCCUACGCACGGUGCCCCCGUACUCCCACCAGGCCUUGGUUUGGUUUGAGAUGAUGCGGCUGUUCAACUGGAACCACGUCAUUCUCAUUGUUAGCGAUGAUCACGAGGGCCGAGCCGCCCAGAAGAAACUGGAGACCCUCUUAGAGGAGAAAGAGUCCAAGAGUAAAAAAAGGAACUAUGAGAACCUCGACCAACUUUCCUAUGACAACAAGCGUGGACCCAAGGCAGACAAAGUCCUGCAGUUUGAACCCGGAACCAAAAAUUUGACUGCCCUUCUGCUUGAGGCCAAGGAACUGGAAGCCAGAGUCAUCAUCCUCUCUGCCAGUGAGGAUGAUGCCACGACAGUGUACAAAUCGGCAGCAAUGCUGGACAUGACUGGCGCUGGUUAUGUCUGGUUGGUGGGAGAGAGGGAGAUAUCCGGAAGUGCCUUGAGAUAUGCGCCUGAUGGAAUUAUUGGACUCCAGCUCAUCAAUGGAAAGAAUGAAUCGGCGCAUAUAAGUGACGCAGUGGCUGUGGCGGCUCAGGCAAUACACGAAUUGUUUGAAAUGGAAAAUAUUACUGACCCUCCAAGGGGCUGCGUUGGAAACACUAAUAUAUGGAAGACUGGACCUCUGUUCAAAAGGGUUCUUAUGUCUUCAAAAUACCCUGAUGGGGUAACAGGGAGAAUUGAGUUCAAUGAGGAUGGAGACAGGAAAUUUGCCAAUUACAGUAUAAUGAACCUGCAGAACCGCAAUUUAGUUCAGGUUGGGAUCUUCAAUGGCAGCCACGUUAUACAGAAUGACAGAAAGAUCAUUUGGCCCGGCGGGGAGACAGAGAGGCCGCAAGGCUAUCAAAUGUCCACCAGGCUGAAGAUAGUUACCAUUCACCAAGAACCUUUUGUAUAUGUGAGGCCCACAAUGAUUGAUGGAACAUGCAGGGAAGAAUACACCAUCAAUGGAGAUCCUAUCAAAAAAGUUAUUUGUAAUGGUCCCAAUGAUACCAUUCCAGGUCGUCCAACUAUACCACAUUGCUGUUAUGGCUUUUGUAUUGACCUGCUUAUCAAACUUGCUAGAGAGAUGAAUUUCACCUAUGAGGUUCACUUGGUAGCUGAUGGUAAAUUUGGUACUCAGGAGCGGGUCAAUAACAGCAAUAAAAAGGAGUGGAACGGCAUGAUGGGAGAGUUACUGAGCGGCCAAGCAGACAUGAUAGUGGCACCACUCACUAUUAAUAAUGAACGUGCUCAGUACAUCGAGUUCUCCAAGCCAUUCAAGUACCAAGGACUCACUAUACUUGUGAAAAAGGAAAUCCCAAGGAGCACUCUGGACUCCUUCAUGCAGCCGUUUCAGAGUACUCUCUGGCUUCUAGUUGGACUCUCAGUGCAUGUGGUGGCGGUGAUGUUAUAUCUACUGGAUCGAUUCAGUCCGUUUGGACGUUUCAAAGUAAACAGUGAAGAGGAAGAGGAAGAUGCUUUGACACUGUCUUCAGCCAUGUGGUUUUCCUGGGGGGUCCUCUUGAACUCUGGUAUUGGAGAAGGGGCUCCCAGGAGUUUUUCUGCCCGAAUUCUUGGCAUGGUCUGGGCUGGAUUUGCUAUGAUUAUUGUAGCCUCCUACACUGCUAACCUGGCUGCCUUCCUGGUGUUGGACAGGCCAGAGGAAAGGAUAACUGGGAUUAAUGAUCCCCGGCUGCGCAAUCCCAGUGACAAGUUUAUUUACGCCACCGUCAAGCAAAGCUCUGUGGACAUUUAUUUCCGGAGACAAGUAGAACUCAGUACCAUGUACAGACACAUGGAAAAGCACAACUACGAGAGUGCAGCGGAAGCCAUACAAGCCGUACGUGAUAACAAACUGCAUGCGUUUAUAUGGGACUCGGCUGUGCUUGAGUUUGAGGCCUCUCAGAAGUGUGACCUUGUUACCACCGGUGAAUUGUUCUUCCGCUCUGGAUUUGGCAUCGGCAUGAGAAAAGACAGCCCCUGGAAACAGAAUGUCUCUCUAAACAUCCUCAAGUCACAUGAAAACGGCUUUAUGGAAGAGCUGGAUAAGACCUGGGUCAGGUAUCAGGAGUGUGAUUCCCGCAGCAAUGCCCCAGCCACACUGACCUUUGAGAACAUGGCGGGGGUCUUCAUGCUGGUCGCUGGGGGCAUUGUUGCCGGAAUCUUUUUGAUAUUCAUUGAAAUCGCCUACAAGCGGCACAAGGAUGCCCGCAGGAAGCAGAUGCAGUUGGCCUUUGCUGCUGUGAACGUGUGGAGAAAAAACCUGCAGGAUAGAAAAAGUGGUAGAGCAGAACCUGACCCUAAAAAGAAAGCCUCUUUUAGGUCCAUCACCUCCACCCUGGCCUCCAGCUUCAAGAGACGUAGGUCCUCCAAAGACACGGUCGAGUUAUUAAGAACAGACAUUACAAGAGAAGCGCGAGGGCGGACUUUAUAUUAGACAUAAAAUUCUGCAGAACAGAACAGGAGCUGAAACCCACCAGCGCCCCAGUUGUGCCUCAUGUUUCCUCUCUGUGUAUUUGUAUUUUACAGCAAUACCACCCAACCGAUAUCACGGGGCAGCUAAAUCUGUCCGACCCUUCUGUUAGCACUGUGGUCUAAACUCACCAACAGACAAUGAUUGCACCCUAUUAGUAAGGACCUGGCACGAGCCGCACCCAUUGUACCAACUGGUAAGGAACUGGGACUGGCACUGCCUGCACCUCCAAACUGGAUUUUAUUGGGACACCGGCACCACUGACUGCAAAAUGCCAACGCAUUGGGAGACUGCCCGGCACCAAGUAAACUGCCCCCUGAAAAUAACCUCUAUAUAUAUAUUUUAUUCCCCAGAAACCUCAGACUGCUUGGAAAAAAGAGACUUUUGUAUUUCCCGUCGGUUCUGUUUGUAGCUCAUAUAAUCCUUUGUGCACAGUGUGGGGGCUCUUGCCUGCAAAGGAUUGUGGUUCUGCUCAUUGCAUGGAUAAUAUAUUUCUUAUUUGCCUCUGUAAAAUGCUGUAUAUAAAGUCUUCUCAUAUAUAUAUAUCAUAUAUGUUGUACAUAGAUAUCAAUGCAGCUGAUAAAUACAUCUCCUAACCA